GGUGUUUGAAUUUGACAGCUAAAGCAGUAAGCAUCGAGAACGGUACGGCUCAACCGAAUUAUAGAUUCCGAAGAGAUCAUCAUGACUGUUUGGAACCAGAAAGCCCUUUUUGCCACAGCACUUAUCGUCUGUGUUCUAUCAGUUUCAGUGUUGCACAAACACUUCAAGUGUAACUUGGCCUCCGUUGUUGAUGAGCUAUGCUCAGCUUAUAGGGCAGGUGACGUGUCAGGUCCAUUAUGCCCCGAUCUCUGCGGCCCAAAAAACAGUAUCCAUUUUGGAAAUUGCCUCAGUACAGCGCCUGAGAAGAAGAUUUAUAACGGUGAAUGGCAGGGAAAGGAGGUUAUCUUGAAAAUUAACAUGAGCUGGUUUGAAGAGUUUGAGAAGAGGCAGAAAAUAACCGACCUUGCAGCUGUAUCAUCAUUUCAAGAAGAUGUCUCCUCCAGAGUGAAGACUUUGUUUGGCGACUGCUCUCAUUGCAACAAACUCGUAUUUCGUUUGCUGUCACUUGGUGACGGGGACGGUGAUGAGACAAUUUCAGCGUCCGAAGCAAGAACAUUUAUCUCCUUACUACAACUUGUAGAACCCAUGAUGUUAAUGGUCCUUAAUGAAAGUAAACACACAGUAGAUUUCUUUGGGUAUUGUGGUGGAUUAUACGUUGUGGAGAAAGUGUCUUUUGUUGCUUCUGACGUGUUUGGGAACACUUGGGAGUUACUAGACCUUUCAUUGUUGCCUGAUGUAUUUGAACCGCUGCAAGAAUUACUCAAUGACUACGGCAACAGAGCUAUGAAUCUUUUUGGCUCUUCUUUGUUAAAAAUGGCUCGCAACCUUGGUUAUGCGCGUACUGUUGCAAAGUGCCCUAUCAUAGGCGCUUCUUUUCAAGUGUAUAUCAACAACAGACGCAAAAAAUUUGACUUCGCUUAUUCGCUGUUGGACGCAACUUUAGACACAUCUAGCACUCCGUAUGGCUUGGCGCAGUCAUGUGAUGUACACUUGGGAAAUUAUGGAAUUACAACUACCUCGACGGUGAAACUCAUUGAUCUUGAUCUGAUGUACCCUCACGUUUUUCUGCGAACACUCCUGGAACAGAAGAAAUGCGUUUCUGACUGGGACUGUUUUGUAGGUCGUUCUGACUUUUGCUGGUCAACUUGCGACAAGACCAAAGGCACUUGUAAAACGCUUUUAGGUAUCCAGGACCUGCAUAUGGUAUGUGAGAGUGUUUUUCCUCUACUGUUUAGACAUCCCAAUUACCUGGAACCAACAGAUCACAACAUGACCCGCUUGAAAAGAGCUAUCAGAAAGCUGGCAGUCUUUUGUAGUGAGAUACCAGUGGUAUACUCAAGCGCAGAAUUGCGGAGAAACAUUCUGAUAGUUAAAAAGAGGCUGAAAUCAGUUGACAUGAUGGUUGCAAACGAAUAUUAG